AUGUCUCACUCCAUCGACUUCGCUGCGAACAAUGCACAGUAUGCGUCAACCUUCACACAGGGUCAUCUACCACUUCCUCCUUCCAAGAAGAUUAUUGUCGUGACGUGCAUGGAUGCUAGAGUCGAACCUGCAGGACAACUUGGUAUCGGACUGGGUGAAGCACACGUUAUCCGCAACGCUGGUGGCCUUGCCAAGGACGCUUUACGAAGCGUAGUCAUCUCCCAGCGCCUUCUGGGCACGCGCGAAAUUGCGGUCUUCCAUCACACCGGGUGUGGGAUGCUGACCUUUACGUCACCGGAAAUCAAGCAGCUCGUGAAGGAUGCGCAACCCGGUAACGCUGAUGUCGCGGCGGCCGUGGAUGCUAUUGAUUUCGGGCCGUUUUCUGAGCUGGAGAACAGCGUGAAGAGUGAUGUUGAAUUUCUCAAGGGGAACCCAUUGCUCCUCGAGGGAACCAAAAUCUCCGGAUGGACGUACGAUGUCACCAGUGGGAAGAUUCAGCAAGUCGUGUAA